CCCCCCCCACUGCCGCAAACAUGGCGCUGCUCCCGCCGCCGCUGUCGCUCCGCCUCCCCGCCGCGCAGCCGCCGCGCAUGCACGCACAUCUCCUCCCGCUGCGCAUCGAGUACGACGGGCCCGCGCCCGUCUCGCGCUACUUUCUCGUGCAGCCCCACGCCGAGGGCGUGGGCGCGGGCGAGGGCGCUGCCGACGCCGCGGCUGCACCUGCGUUCCAGUCUGCCGAGGCAGCAGCAGCCGCAGCGCCGCGCAGCAGCAGCAGCAGCAGCUCGCCGCAGACGUACGCCGCCGCCUUCCGCGGGCGCGCCCUGCACGGCUCGGCGCUCGCCCUCGCGCCGCGGCAGCUGCAGCUGCAUCUCUGCGCCGUGCCGUCGUCUUCGUCUUCUUCGUCUUCUGCACCUGCAUCCUCCUGCUCCUCCGCCGCCGCCGUCGUCGCCUCUGCCGCACUCAAGCGCUCCAGGCUAGCCGCAGCGCCGGCACCCGCCGCCGCAGCCGACGACGAGGAGCAGGGCCUGCGGCGCUCGCCGCGCAAACGUGCCGGCGCACCAGCGGCGCCGCCCGCGAAGAAGAAGGGCACGGCGGCGGCGGCCAAGAUGGCCGUCUUUUCGAUGGACUCUGACUCGGAGGGCGAGGCGGGCGCUGCUGCGCAAGAGGAGGAGCAAGCGCUGGGGUGGGACGACGACGCUCUGCCUGCCGUCGCGCUUCGCACACCUGAGGCGUCCGCGCCGAUGCACGCCACCGCGUCGCCGGCGCAGCAGCAGCAGCGCAGCAGCCGGCAGAUGCACGUCGAGGCGACGGCGCCGCAGCUGCUGCUGUGGGCGCCCGACGGACCGCUCGACACGGGCGACGAUGUGUACUGGCGCACGCUGUGCGAGUGGCGAGGCGUGAGGCAGGGCUUGAUGCAAUGGCCAUAGGGAUGAGGUUGGAAGGCAGCCCUUCAGGGCGAGAAGAGGAGAAGCGAGAGAGAGAGAUGAUAGAGAUUCGAGCGGUGAGUGCGUAAGGUAUGUACAGUAGCAUCGAGGAGAGCAGGGGAGACAUGAGAAGGGCGUGAGGAGGAAGUCAUCUGGGCUGCAAGGGCAUGCCAGUGGGGGUUUGCUCUCGUGCAGCGUCGUAAGGGUCGUCAUGAUCAUCAUCGUCGGAUUCGUCAAUCAC